UCUGUCACAGAUUGAUUUUAUUAGGGGAAAAAAAUGGAGAGGGGGCAGAGAGAGAGAAGCGUGAUGAAGAUCUGGAUGUUAAGGGUUCUUCUGAUGCUAUUUAGCUUCCUUGGCAGAAUCUCGUCGCUGUCGGUCACGGUCAACGACGUCGAGUGUGUCUACGAGUAUGUGCUUUACGAGGGCGACACCGUCUCUGGAAACUUCGUGGUCGUCGACCACGACAUCUUCUGGAGCUCCGAUCACCCCGGCAUCGAUUUUACCGUGACAUCUCCAGCAGGUAAUACGGUGCACACUCUGAAGGGAACAUCCGGGGACAAGUUUGAGUUUAAGGCCCCACGAAGUGGAAUGUAUAAAUUCUGUUUUCAUAAUUCUUAUGCGACACCAGAGACUGUUUCUUUCUACAUACACGUUGGCCAUAUUCCCAAUGAGCAUGACCUGGCCAAAGAUGAACAUUUGAACCCAAUAAACGUUAAAAUCGCUGAACUGAGAGAGGCACUGGAGUCUGUUACAGCGGAGCAGAAGUACUUGAAAGCACGUGAUGCUCGGCAUCGCCGUACAAAUGAGAGCACCCGAAAACGAGUUGUAUUCUACACCGUUGGAGAGUACAUCUUGCUGGCCGCUGCAAGUGCUCUACAAGUCAUCUAUAUACGGCAGCUUUUCAGCAAAUCAGUGGCAUACAACCGAGUUUGAGUUGUCUGAUUAAUUUUAGUGUCUGCUUAGCAACAAAAUGAGGCUUAUAGUUGAGUUCCUUUUGUGGUGCGAAAUGCAUUGGUUUAUACUAUUGACUUAUUGCUUCUCAAGUACAAGAGUUUUAGACAGACUGAUUUAACUUAACUUAAUUCCUAGUUAAUUUAUUUUUUAAAAA